GGUGGGGGAGAGACUACUCACUUGCGAUGUAAAGGCCAGUCCUCAUUUACUUGCCAAGCAUAAGCAUUAAGCCUAAGCAUGAAAGAAGCUUUUGUGCUAGUGGGGACGGCAGCCACUUUAAAAGCAUAAGCAUAACCAUAAGAAUAUCUCGCUGUUAUGUCCAUAAGGGACAUGAUUUGCAUAAGCAUAAGUACAAGUAUAAGUGAAAGACUUUCAGCCAGUCAGCGAGCACUUAUUCCAACCAUGUCCUCACUGGACAUAACAGCGACACAAGCGUAAGCGUAAACAUAAGCAUUAGAAGAAGGCUAGCUUAUGUUUAUGCUCAUGUCGCAGCAAUCUCCACCAACGCAUAUUAAAGUUUCUUAUGCUUAUGCUUAUGCUUGCGUCGUAAUUGAGGACCGGGCUUUGUAACAAGUUCCUAUAAUAAGCGUAUCGGCUUUUAUCAUUUGGGCUCUUCUGGUACAACGUACUUAUGCGUGUGCUAAACCUGGCUCUCAUCUGAAAAAUUUGUCAAAAAAUCUUGACCAUUCAUUUGUCUUUCACGAAAAAAAGCUAAUCAAGUUGAAAAUUGAGCGAGAGCUCGCCAAUGGGCAUGCUCAGUUGAGUACAUAUAUGUGAUAUACAUUACAACAAAAUGAAAUUUAAUUCAACUUAAAGGAAGCCAUUGAUCUGCGCUAACACUAAGUGCGUUUCUGAUUGGUCCCUAGGACUUUUUCUUGUUUUUGAUUGGCUAUUUUAACUCUUGACAAGUGGGAGCGAUACCGUCCACUGUAACUUGUACUGUUCUGACUUCUAACUGUAAGCUAUUCGCUUCCACCCAAUCUGUGAAGUUAAUAUGUUUGCCUUUUUUACAUUUAGAUCAGUGCAGUUCUCCAUUGGGAAUGGAAAACUUUAAAAUCCCGUCAGAAGCUCUGCGUGCCUCCAGAUCAACAGCGUACUGGGAGCCCUACAACGGCAGAAUUAACGACAGUGUAAGUGGCUGGUGCGCAAACUUAAUCAGCGAUAAAGAAUGGUUUCAGAUCAAGUUCGACACCGAUCAUUACGUCACAGCUGUGGCGAAUCAAGCGACCAGUAGAGGGUGGGUGUUGGAAUUCACACUGGCUUACAGCCGGGGACUUGGAUGGUUUGAAUACAUGGAAAACGGGACGAUUAAGAUAUUUCAUCGUAACAACUCAGAUUACAGCAGCGAGAUUGUGGUUAGCAAUCUUUCAUUUCCAGUAAGAGCGAAAAUGUUUCGAAUUUAUCCCAAGCGAGCUAUCCGUGAUACUUGUUUACGACUUGAACUCUACGGCUGUCAAGGUGAGUCAAAAAAAACCGAGCGAGCAAACAAGCAAACAAAGAAACAAACAGAUAAACAAAAAUAAACAAAAAAGAAACAUAAGCCAACCAACACUGAAAUCAAAAAGAAACACAAACUAUUUUUUUAGUUUACGCUUUAAUUGUUUAGCUUUUAAAAGGUAUUUUGGAAAGCCACUACCCCGCAGCACGUUAAUCCUUUUGUAAAAUAUCUUUUCUUUGAACUGGCUGCUUGGUGCUUUUAACUCUUACGCUAUUUCUGGUAGCCAUCAACCUAUCAUUUUUGUAGCGUUGACGCUUAUCGUUGGUUAUUGAUAUCAAUGUGCAAAUGAGAUUUGUUUUGUUAUAGCUUGUUUCGAUCCAUUUGGCAUCAAAGAUGGUAUCAUUCCUGACAAAGCUAUGACGUCAUCAUCAUUUUUUGGGCCUGGGUUCGAGCCCUUUCGCGGCCGGCUGAAUGACAUUUCAGGGAAUGGUUCGUGGUGUGCAGAUGCACGUGAUGUAGAGUCAUUCUUGCAGAUUGAUCUUGGGAAUCGAUUCCAAAUCAGCAUGAUAGCCAUCCAAGGAAAUGAGCUUCACGAAUUUGUGACUACUUGGGAGAAACAAGUCAAUUGCAGGUAUGUCUUUACCCCAAACGUAAUUGAAUUUACUAAAAACUGGAUGAUUGGAUAAUACAAUUCAAGUGUUUUCAUUGGCUUAACCAUCAUGGUAUAUGAGCCAUUAUACCACGCUCUCUAAAUAUGGUAAGCACGCGCGUAAUUUUUUGGGGGCGUUUUUUUUUUUUUUAAAAAAAAUUAUUUCACUUGCCCUGGAUAUGAGAUGAUUAUAGCCAACUCACAUCCAACGCGC